CGAUGUCCGCCAACCAUUCCAAUCUCCCUAUCCUCUCCCGCCUUCUUCGCUCUCUUAGUCAACCCCUCCUCGCCCAGCUUCCCUUCUUCCCCUCCCCAGAAUUCCAUCAUGGCGACCGCUGCUGUGACUGCCGCAGUCUCCCUCCCUUCCUCCAAGUCCUCCGCCCUCAACAGGACCCCAUCCGUCUCUCCUGUCUCUCUCGAGAGGAUCAGCUUCCAGAAGCAGGCGGCACGCUUGCAGUCAAGAAAAGUACCGGCGGCCGAUGCCAGGAAGUUGGUCUCAGUACGAGCCCAGGUCACGACCGAAGCUCCGGCCAAGGUCGCGAAGGUCUCGAAGAAGGACGACGAAGGCGUUGUCACCAACAAGUUCAAGCCCAAGGAUCCCUACACCGGGACAUGCCUCCUGAACACCAAGAUCACCGGCGACGAUGCGCCCGGCGAGACUUGGCACAUGGUCUUCAGCACAGAGGGAGAAAUCCCCUACAGAGAGGGACAAUCCAUCGGUGUCAUCCCUGACGGGGUCGACAAGAACGGGAAGCCGCACAAGCUCAGGCUGUACUCCAUCGCCAGCAGUGCUCUUGGAGACUUUGGUGAUUCCAAGACCGUGUCGCUCUGCGUGAAGCGGCUUGUUUACACCAACGAGCAAGGGGAGAUCGUCAAAGGAGUCUGCUCCAAUUUCUUAUGUGACCUGAAGCCUGGUGCUGAUGUCAAGAUUACAGGACCAGUCGGGAAGGAAAUGCUAAUGCCAAAAGAUCCAAAUGCAACCAUCAUCAUGCUUGCAACUGGCACUGGAAUCGCUCCUUUCCGCUCUUUCCUGUGGAAGAUGUUCUUUGAGAAGCAUCAUGAUUAUAAGUUCAAUGGACUAGCAUGGCUCUUCUUGGGAGUUCCUACGAGUAGCUCAUUGCUCUACAAGGAGGAGUUUGAGAAGAUGAAGGAGAAAUCACCAGACAAUUUCCGGGUCGACUAUGCCGUCAGCAGAGAGCAAACCAACGAGAAGGGAGAGAAGAUGUACAUCCAGACUCGCAUGGCGGAGUACGCUGAGGAACUGUGGCAGCUACUCAAGAAGGAGAAUACCUAUGUAUACAUGUGUGGGCUGAAAGGGAUGGAGAAGGGAAUUGAUGACAUUAUGGUCUCUUUGGCUGCCAAGGAUGGCAUUGACUGGUUGACUUACAAGAGGGAAUUGAAGAGAGCAGAACAAUGGAACGUGGAAGUCUACUGAUGUUUCAAGUAAACAGGUGGCCUUAAAUCUGAAACAUCCCAGAAUCCAACUCCUUCCUUCUUGUCACAACAAAGGCCAAGUUGAAAUGUGGCUUCUGGCUCCCAAGUCUUUGUUAUCUGUGUCAACAAGGAAAUCUAAGCCAUCAUGUUCUUGGGACUACUUGGGAAAUCUAAGCCUGGCUAGUGCCAAUGUAUGACAACUAUAAUUAUAAUAGAUACAGGAACCAACACAACGGAUGUCAGCGUUUCUCUUUU